UUUUUCAUGAAGCAAGAAACCUAGGAAGGAGACCUUCAGACACUGGCACUAUUUAUCUCGAUCUGUGACUUCAAGUGAGCAAUCCAGUCAUACUGUUGUUGAUGCUAUGAUGAGUUCUGCUUCUGGGCCUUGUGUUAUUGGCCACUGCUUGCUGUUUGCCUGCUUCUUGAGUGCAGAAUUUCUCAUCUGCAGAGGUGCUUCUGAUGGCAGCUGUCUGGAUGCUGAGAGGAAAGCUCUCCUUCAAUUCAAGAGCGGCCUCUCGGACCCUGAAAACCGGCUCUCCUCAUGGCAAGGUCGCAACUGCUGCAGAUGGAGAGGGGUGAGUUGUGACAACCAGACUGGAUUUGUUAUUGGCAUCGAUCUCCAGAAUCAACAUCCAAAAGAUUUUGGCUCUGUGAGUAAUAGCAGAAAUGGUUUCUGGAACCUGAGUGGGAGAGUAGAUCCUUCUUUGCUUCAACUCAAGUCCUUGAGGCAUUUAGAUUUGAGCUACAACACCUUCGAAGGCAUUCGAAUCCCAGAGUUCAUUGGCUCUCUCAAUAACUUGAGAUACUUGGACCUCUCAAAUGCAGGCUUUGUUGGCACCAUUCCCCCUCGGCUGGGAAAUUUAUCUAGGCUGCAGUACCUCGACCUUUCUUCGAAUUUUCAACUCUUGAUGGUUGAUAGCUUUCAAUGGAUAACUGGUCUUUCUUCCCUGGUGCACCUUGCAAUGGAUGGUGUUGACCUUUCACUUAUAGGACCAGAAUGGAUUCAUAUGCUAAAUAGGCUGCCUUCUCUGACUGAAUUGCAUUUAAAGGCCUGCAGUCUUUCAGGGAUUGCUCUCUCCCUUCCUUCUGUCAAUCUCACUUCACUUUCAGUCAUUGACCUUUCAUUCAAUAGCCUCAAUUCAACAAUUCCAGAGUGGUUUCAGAACCUUAGCAGAUUAAUUCAUGUGGACAUUAGCAGCACCAAUUUGCAUGGCUUGAUCCCUGUUGAGCUCUCUAAUCUUCCCAAUUUGAGGCAUCUAGACCUAUCAACGAACGGCAAUCUCACCGCCGACUGUUCGAAACUACUCAAUGGAACAUGGAGACAAAUUCAGAUUCUCAACUUGGCCUCGAAUCGGGUGUAUGGACAUCUUCCUGCUUCUAUUGGAAAUAUCGCAAUGCUUGCGGAGCUCAACCUGUUCUUCAACAACAUUGAGGGUGGCAUCCCAGGCUCCAUCGGUAAGCUCUGCAACUUGAAAACACUGGAUUUAUCUGGCAACAAUCUGACUCUAGGACUACCAGCUUCUCUUGAAAAGACUAAUAAGUGCAUCUCCCAAAAGCCUCUGCAUGGAUUAGCUCAUUUUCGCCUGGCUGUUAAUAAGUUAUCAGGGAUUUUACCUGAAUGGUUAGGUGAGCUUGAAAACCUGCAAGUACUUGAUCUCAGUUACAACUCGUUUCGAGGUCCUGUUCCUCGAUCUAUUGGGAAAUUAUCACUUCUUACUGACUUGAGCCUUGAAGGAAAUGAACUGAAUGGAACUCUACCACCCACUCUAGGACAACUUUCCAAACUGGUCCACUUCGAUAUCUCUUCGAACCAAUUGACUGGCACCCUGUCAGAAAUUCAUUUCGCAGCGCUGAGUAAUCUAAAGAUCUUAUCCAUGUCUUCGAACUCCUUCAUAAUUAAUGUCAACUCUGGUUGGGUUCCUUCAUUUCAGGUCAGAAAUCUGGGCAUAGGUUCAUGUCGCCUAGGUCCCCAGUUUCCCACUUGGCUUGAAAACCAGAAAGAACUCAAAUAUCUUGACCUCUCAAACUCUAGCAUCUCUGGAAACAUACCAACCUGGUUCUGGGAUCUGAGUUCCAACCUCUCUCUUCUCAACAUCUCUUUCAAUCAGAUUGAAGGCCAGCUACCAAACCCACUGAACAUUGCUGCUUUUUCUGAUAUUGAUAUGAGAUCAAACCUCUUGAGUGGACCCAUACCUGUUCUAUCAAAUGAAGUUGAGCUACUAGACCUCUCUCACAAUCAGUUCUCCGGCAUUAUCCCACCGAACAUUGGCGAAGUGCAACCCAAUCUGAUCUAUCUGUCCCUCUCCAACAACAAUAUAUCUGGCCAGAUUCCCACUUCGAUCGGCAAGAUGCAAGGCCUGCAAGUGCUUGACCUUUCGAGGAACAACCUAAUGGGUGUCAUCCCUCCAAGCUUGCAAAACUGCUCUUAUCUGAAAGCUCUUGAUCUGGAGCACAACCAUCUUAAUGGAAUAAUUCCUUCUUCCAUUGGGAGCCUGGAACAACUUCACAUACUGCACCUUGGCAACAAUAUGCUAUAUGGAAUAAUCCCUCCAUCCUUGCAGAAUUGCUCUAGUUUGGAAACUCUUGAUCUCGGGAACAAUAAGUUGGAAGGUAUCAUUCCAUCUUGGCUUGGACAGAAUUUCCCAGCUCUCAGAAUUCUGCGAUUGAGAUCAAACAAGCUUGCAGGAGAAAUCCCAUCCAAGCUCUCAAACUUGCUCUCUUUGCAAGUUCUUGAUCUUGCAGAAAAUGAUUUGGAAGGCCCCAUUCCUCGCAGCUUUGGAGACCUCAGAGCCAUGGCUCAAUCCCAAAAGGUGAAUAGAUAUCUCUUCUACGGGCGUUAUAGAGGGACUUAUUAUGAAGAGAGCCUCACAAUGCAUCUAAACAACAAAGAAUUAGUAUUCAACAAGACUCUUUCACUUGUCACGAGCAUCGAUCUCUCUGGAAAUAAGCUAUCAGGGGAAUUCCCUGGAGCAAUUACAAAACUUGCAGGUUUGCUGGUUUUAGACCUUUCAAGGAACCAACUUAGCGGGAAAAUUCCAGACAGAAUUGGAGAUAUGCAUGAAUUGUUAUCUUUGGAUCUAUCGAACAAUCUCUUCUCAGGAGGCAUUCCUUCUAGCUUGUCGGCCGUUAGCUUCUUGAGCUAUCUCAACUUGUCCAACAACAACUUCUCAGGCAGAAUUCCAUCUGGAGGCCAGCUUUCGACAUUCGAUGCAUCAGCCUAUACUGGAAACCGAUUCCUCUGUGGAUCACCGCUUACCGUUCAAUGCGAGGCAACUGAAACCGAUGUGCCCCACAGCAAUGACAAUGAUGACGAUGAUGAUGCAUUCGAAGACAACUGGUUUUAUAUGAGCGUCGGUAUCGGAUUUGCAGUGGGCCUUUUGAGUGUAUGCUUGGUGAUAUCAAUCAGAACAUGGAGCAUUAAUUACUUCCGUUUUGUAGAUUGGGUCAUCGACAAGAUGUCAAUGGUGAAGAAUGUCAUACCAGGAGCAACCAGUUGCCGUCGUCAAUCAUGAGGCAUGGGAGGCGAUAGAAAAACUUCUGCUCUCUUUUACAUACACUUGGUUGCUUCAUUGGCUUCUAAAGUACCUGGUGCUUUAGGCACAUCUUCAGCAAUUGAUGAUGGAAAAGAUCCUGCUGUAGUAAAGUAGUACUGGUUGUAGCCUGUGUUGUUAAUGUUAGUGGUCUUGACUUUUACAUAUCAUUGUGUGCUUGGACUAAAGGAUGUUUUCAUCUACAGGUCCAACUGAGCAUUGA